AUGCUCGUCCUCCAAAUUCUCACAGCUGCCCUCACCAUCUCCUUCGCCAAGGCGAACCCCGUCGCCAUUGAUGUGCGCAAUUGGGAUAGUAACCCCGCUGCGGAUGGGGCUUUCAAGCGCGAAGAACUGGCUGUUACGAGUGCCACCAGCAACUACGCUGAAUACAUCCCAAGCCCCACCGAGACGAGCCUGACUCUUCGCUAUUACCAAGAGCGGGCCACUUGCCUUGAUCAAUUUGUCUGGUAUUGCCAGGUUCCCGCAGGAGCAUGCAUUGCUGCCUUGGGCGCUAUCGCGACACCAGUUAACCUCUGGUCUCUUGUUCCUUGUGCCAUCGCCGCCGUUUGUGGAUCGGUGGCCCUUGUGUUCGGAGCGUUGUGUUGCAACAGCAUCAUCAAAAACUGCGACGGCUCAAGUUUCUCGUCGUCGAUUACUAGUGCUAGCCGCGUCACUAGCAACAUCAUGGCAGAAUUUAACGGCGGGGGAGGUCACGGCGACGCACCUUUCACCAGAGAUACCUUCAAGACCGCAUUUAACAACUAUUUGCAGAGUCACGGUUCCGAUAUUCCUAGCUUCUUGGCUCGUACUUUCUGUAGCUUUGGACCAGGAGAAGCAGGGAGCGGUUGCGAACCGAAUUCUGUCUCUCACGACGAUGGCCUGUACGGUUUAUAA